CGUAACUUGAAAAUAGCUGCACUAGAAUCGAUAAUCGCCAAGGGGCCAAAGGCCUUACUAGAAUCAUUCAUCGUGGCUGUAUCUCAUACAUUGUGAAUACACCUAUACUUUCAAUCAUAUAUUGUUUUUCUCUUUUUUUAUAUAAACCUCACUAUCAAAUGCUUUCACAUCAACAAUGACUUCCCAAUGUGGAUGGUAACGUUCUCGGGAUUUUCUAGUUGAGCCCUCAUUUCUUACUUGCGUUCGCCAUGUCAGAAAUAGUGUUUGCCGAGAUAAAUAGUCCUCCGCAGAGUGACGCAGGCUCUUCGACUUUUGAUAUACCUUCGUACGACAUCAGCACUCCAGCCACGCCGUCCUCUUUAUUCUUUGAUGACCGUCUUGGUAGACUUUUACGAGAAGUACCGCACAAUCAACACAUACUCGUAACAGGUGGUCUAGGAUUUAUCGGCAGCCACACUACGCUGGAACUUCUCAAAGCCGGCUAUAAUGUUAUUGCGAUUGAUAAUUUGAGCAACGCGUAUGAAAGUGUCUCUGAUCGCAUUCAAUUGUUAGCCAGCAAAUAUCACGAAGAGCAGGGAACUCCGAUGCCCUCUCUAAAACACUACAAGCAAGAUUAUCAAGAUAUAAAAUCCCUCAUUCCACUUCUCGAAGCACACAGAACACUAUCAUGGGACUCGCCCAAGUCCAGCAUAGCGGGAGUCAUUCACUUUGCGUCUUACAAAGCUGUUGAGGACAGUAUCAAACAACCUCUGAAAUACUAUUCCAACAAUGUCUGUGGUUUAAUUGGCUUUGUUGAAACUCUUGGAAGCUUCGGCAUUAAGACAUUCAUAUUCUCAUCAUCAGCCACCGUAUAUGGAACUCUAGCAACAUCCGGGGCUCCUCUGAAAGAAGAGCUUUGUGUUCACAAACCGGAAGGAACCAAAACUGACCAAGAAUCGUGGUCAACAGUUCAGCCCGGCUGUACUGGGAUCACUAAUCCUUAUGGUCGUACCAAGUGGAUGUGUGAAGCGAUUCUUGCUGAUCUUGCCAUUUCUGAUCCUGAAUGGACGAUAGUUGCUUUACGGUAUUUUAACCCCAUUGGUUGCGACUCAUCCGGACUUCUGGGAGAAGAUCCCCGCUGUACUCCUACAAACCUUCUUCCUGUCAUUGUCAAAGUGAUGACCGGUCAAUACUCGGAGCUUUCCAUGUUCGGUACCGACUGGGAUACCGUAGAUGGUACGGCAGUUCGAGAUUUCAUUCAUGUCACAGACCUUGCUCAGGGCCAUAUCGCUGCCCUUAGCGUUGCCAUGAAAGGUGAACUGCGCGAGAACUUCCGCACAUUCAACCUUGGUACUGGAUACGGUCAUUCCGUUCUGGAGGUAGUUGAGACAAUGCAACAAGUCUCGCAGAAGACUCUUCCACGUAAGGCUGUCGAUCGAAGAGCAGGUGAUGUCGGCUAUUGUGUUGCAGCUGCCGAUCGAUCGUCAGACGAAUUGCAAUGGACUGCCCGAAAAACAUUGUCCGAUGCCUGUGCAGACAUAUGUCAUUCUCUUGAAAUCAGUGGCCUCACUAACUUAUAGAACCUCAAGCGAUUCUUUUCUAAUUUUACAUUACUUUAUCGAGAAGCACCUUCCGGUUUUUACGUCAGUCCUCCAGACUCAUGACUGCAUUAAUUAUUCCAGACAUCAACACUCUUUUCUUUGUACAGCUAAAGUUCUCACCGCAUUUUGUCUUGUAUCUGCUGCAAACAGCGCCAAGUCGGUCUUUUUGGAUAUUUGUCUGUCUCCACGUGUGUAAUUAUAUUCAGGAAAAUUAGUUCCUACUCGAUUGAACUUCUUAUUUCUCAGUGCAAUUACCAUUUGACGUCCAUCUCUGCAACGCUUUGUUGUACAAAAUAUUUCAUAUAAUUUCUGCCUCGGUAAGGUGUAUAUGGCUUAUCUUAUCGUUAUCGCUAUCGCCUUCCCCACACCCCAACAAUCAUCACUAGCACAUUCAAUCAUAUUCAUG